AUGAGUUGGAGUUUCUUGACCCGUCUGUUAGAGGAAAUCCACAAUCAUUCAACAUUUGUUGGCAAAAUCUGGCUGACGGUUUUGAUUGUCUUUCGGAUUGUCCUUACUGCUGUGGGAGGGGAAUCCAUCUAUUAUGAUGAACAAAGCAAGUUUGUGUGCAACACGGAACAACCAGGAUGUGAGAAUGUUUGCUAUGAUGCUUUUGCUCCUCUUUCGCAUGUGAGAUUUUGGGUGUUUCAGAUCAUUCUUGUCGCCACUCCAUCGGUGAUGUAUUUAGGCUAUGCCAUUCAUAAAAUUGCCAGAAUGGUGGAACAUAACGAACCUGACAAAAGAACCAGGAGCAAAACCUUUUCAAUGCGCUGGAAACAACACCGUGGCUUGGAGGAGACAGAGGAUGACCACGAAGAAGAUCCAAUGAUGUACCCAGAAAUAGAGCUAGAAAGUGAGCGGGAGAACAAGGAGCAGCCAGCCCUCACUAAAGCAAAACACGAUGGCAGGCGGCGAAUUCGAGAGGAUGGGCUCAUGAAAAUCUAUGUGCUGCAGCUGCUGUCUAGGACUAUGUUCGAAGUUGGCUUUCUUGUUGGUCAAUAUUUUUUGUAUGGGUUCGAAGUCAGCCCCACAUUUGUAUGUAGCAGGAAACCAUGCCCACACAAGAUAGAUUGUUUCAUUUCAAGGCCUACUGAAAAGACCAUUUUCCUUUUAAUAAUGUAUGGCGUAAGCUGCCUGUGUUUACUUUUGAAUGUCUGGGAGAUGCUCCAUUUGGGAUUUGGUACAAUCCGAGACACAUUAAACAGUAAAAGAAAAGAGCUGGAAGACUCUGGUACCUAUAACUACCCUUUUACUUGGAAUACUCCAUCUGCUCCUCCUGGCUAUAACAUUGCAGUCAAGCCAGAUCAAAUCCAAUAUACUGAAUUAUCCAAUGCCAAAAUGGCCUACAAGCAAAACAAAGCUAAUAUCGCUCAGGAACAGCAGUAUGGGAGCAACGAAGAAAACAUUCCAGCCGACCUAGAACAUCUGCAGAGGGAGAUUAAAGUGGCUCAGGAACGUCUGGACCUUGCAAUCCAGGCAUAUAAUAACCAGAACAAUCCCAGCAGUUCCAGAGAGAAGAAAUCCAAAGCAGGCUCAAACAAAAGUAGUGCCAGUAGCAAAUCGGGGGAUGGAAAGACCUCAGUGUGGAUUUAA